AUAUGAUUCUGCUCCCUGUCAGCAGCUCAGCUCUUGCUUCAACCUGAUGAAUUGCUCUUGUAAGCUCAAUGUCGUAGAAGCUUCCCACGGAUUUAUCUCAACUACAGGAGGAACUGGUAAGUACAGAUGUGAUUCUGCUUCACAUCCUGGGUACAAGUCGGUCAGGACUGUCCCAACUGAAUUAUUUUUAACUGAACUUUAUCAGCAGAGCGAGUAAUGUCCAUCAUCUCUGGCUCCGAUAGUCUGAUGCCUGCUCAAGUGCGCAUGGACUGUCCAGCGGCAGUUCAUGUCCGACAGGAACCGCUUGAAAGCCGACCGUGACGAGCCACCAUCGCUCCAGGCCACGGCGGUGCCUUUCUGGUGACCGGACACUCGCUCCUGGAGUUCCCUUCCUGUCUAGGACUCCAUCACAAGCCUAACCUUAGCCUCCACCUUGUCGGCCCGGACCAGCCCCUGCUGCCACCCAACCAUCUCCACCGCGAUCCUCAGAUCCUCCACCAUGAACACCUUGUUCAUCCUGUGGUCCGCGUACAGCGGCCAGCCCAACAUUGACACACCAGCCAUGAUCCCCUCCAGCACCGAGUUCCACCCGCAUGGCCCUGUGGUGGAGCACGUCCACCUGCGGUGCCCACCGCUUGCUGACGAGCCCGCAGCCGUCGGUUCACUCCACGAACCCCUCCGGCAGGAGCGCAUGGAGGUCCGGGUCGUCGUUGUUGACACUCUUGGGGUCUCGUACCACCGACCUCUCCAGCCCAAUGGCGAUCUCCCUGAUCUGCUCCUCCGAGUGGCUCACCUCAGCUAUGCACCCGAAGCAGAGGAACAUGACACUGCGGUCCGAUUGCCCGUCAUGCCACGCGAGGCAGCCGUGCCCCGAUGCCUCUGCUCGCUCGCCGGUCUUCUGGACCAGAGACCUGACAUAGUACAACGGAGCCAGCACCACGCCGGGCGGAAGAUGUCGUGGAUGCCUGAUGUAUCUUUUGGCCAGGGACUACCAGACAUGAGGAAAUGGUCACGUAUACACUGGGCACCCCUCAACAAAUAUACCCUUAGCAGUGGGGCAAGAAGCCAGGGGGCAUCCAUCCAAGUCAUUGCCCCACCAGUUCAAACUGAUGUUCUCCAAGCCUAG